GAGGGUGGAGUCAGGGAAGUGGCUACAUCUACUCAGAAUGAGGGCCUGCUGGAGUGUGUGAAAGAAUCUUUCCAUAGUGUGCUGAGGUUAGUGCCCUGUGGACUGACUUUAGGGCCCUCUCUAGCUAAAGAUGGGCAAACGGGGUUGUGGUGUGUUGGAUGGGCCUUAAAGUCUGGAACUCUUCUGGGGCUGGAAGAUCCAGACAAACUGCCAGGAAAAGAAGAGACAGCCAAAGUGAAGAGACACCUAAAAGGAGCUAAAGGACCAAUUUCAGACAGAACAUACUGGAUGAGGUUUGCUGCUUGUGCUCCGAGUGAAGAUCAGAGGAAUGUCAUGGUACAUGAGGUGGAUGGGAAACCGUGUUUCAGGACCUGUAAGGACAUCAGUCAGGGAACAGAGCUCCUGGUCUGGCCAGAAGUUCAGAAAAUUCUCCAUGAACCUUUGAAGAAUAAGGUAGUGACCAUAACAGAAGAACUCUCCAAUCAGGAAGUGCCACAGAGGGCAAGAGAGGAUAAGUCACUAAAGCCUGGUUAUGUAAAGCAAGGCUCUGAGGGCGAAGCAAAACAGCUGAAGGAUAAACAUCCAGCCAGCCAUGCAGAAUGGAAUGUACUAGAAUGCAGAGAUAGUCACGAAAAAGAAGUGAUGAAUACAUGUGGUACUGAGAAGCUGGAGAACAUUGCUGGAGCCACAGCACUGGAGCUAGGAAAAGCGCCGGAGCAUGUUCAAGUGGCUGUGAGAUCCAGUUGUCGCCUGGCAAUGAAACCCCGCAUAGUACACUCACUAAGCAGCCGUUUAAUCAAGCAAUCGCAAGGGCAAAGAAGUGGGAUUGGCACACAUGUUACCAAAAACUCUCAGACCAAACAGGCUACAACUGAAAAAGGACAAGAAAACCAAGGGAUCUCACUCCACAAGGAGAACGCUAACUCAGAUGAUGAGCCCAAUGAAGGGUCUGUGAAUGUGCGAAGAGGAAAAGACGGUUCUCAAAACAUCGAGAAUUUACGAGAGCGCAAGUACAAGUGUGAUGAGUGUGGAAAAAGUUUCUUCCAGCUUUGCCACUUAAAAAAGCACAAGCUCACACACACUGAGUUGAAGCCAUAUGCUUGUACAGAGUGUGGAAAGUGCUACAGAUCUAAGGAGAGUUAUCAUGCCCACUUACUCUUGCACGAUGGACAACGGCCUUACAAGUGCCACCAUUGUGACAAGAGCUAUGGUCUGAAACGUGACCUGAAGGAGCACCAAAUUCUACACACAGGUGAGAAACCAUUUGUGUGUGAUGUGUGUGCCAAGGGUUUUGCACGACGGCCUUCUCUGCGUGCCCAUAGGAUGGUCCAUGAGGCCAAAUGUGUCCCCAGGAUCAAAUGCCCAGACUGUGCCAAAGAACUUGCCAACCAGAGCUCUCUUAGGAUCCACAUGCGUUUGCACACAGGUGAGCGGCCGUAUGCAUGCCCACGCUGUGCCAAGUGCUUUCGCCAGCAUUCCAACCUGCAGGGGCACCUGCGCCUCCACACAGGUGAAAAGCCCUAUGGGUGCCCGCACUGUGAUCUCCGUUUCUCACAGGCACCUGAGCUGAAGCGGCACCUGAUUUACCACACAGGCGAGGCAUACCUCUGCCCUGUGUGUGGUAAGGCACUGCAGGACCCACAAACUCUGCAUGCCCAUGAACGUCUGCAUGCGGAUGACAGGCCAUAUAAGUGCCAGGAUUGUGGGAAAGGGUAUACAAUGGCAACCAAGCUCCGCAGGCACAUGAAGUCACACCUGGAAGAAAAGCUACACAAGUGUGAGAUAUGUGGAAGCAGAUACACAUUGAUGCAAAGUCUGCAGCGCCAUCUCAGAGUACAUGCAGAUCGGAUGGAGGUUGGGCACAUGGUGCCAACUAGAGGACGUCCCAGAAGAUCGAGCCAUAAAGUGAGGGAACAAUGGGAUGGUGAUGGAGGGAAGCAGAAAAAGGAGCAAGCUGUUAUUUUUGUAAACACACUGCAGGAUUCCAGAAUGACACCUCACUCUGAAGAAGUUGUUACAAAAUCCGAAGGAGGUUUGGAACAAAUGGAACUCAGUCAGGACAUUAUUGAAAUUGUCGUGUCCACUGACAGUACUAAGUGCAUUCUGGUUCCAGCACAGGAUACUAAUGCUGAGUGUAUUUUAUUACAACAGCAGGAUGCUAAUGCUAAGUGUACACCAGUGGAGAACCAGGACGAGAAUACUAAAUGUAUUGUUGUGGAAGAGCAGACUGAGAACAGUGACAUGGUUGUAAUAGAAGGUCAUGAUGAACUAAACUCAGUGGCAGAGACCAUUGAAAUAGAGAUGAGAAUUGAUGACUGAAUAUGUUGAGUUUUGUCAUUGCUCAAAGGCCUGCUUCCACAUUUUGUUAGGAGGUUAUUCAGAAAUGGCAGCAUGUGAGUUAAAGACAUUAGUAAAUAUUAACUCAUCUGUACACUGAACCUUGUCAUCACCGUUUGUACCAGAUCUGGACACUGUGUACAAAACAAAUCUCUGCUGAAAAAUUAAUUGUAAGUAGGAUUAUUAGUGCUCCAACAUUAGCAAUUUUGUAGGGUAAUUUUUCAGAAUUUAGUAGAAUUAAUCACAGAUUGUAUAUUUAAACCCAUCAUGUAUAACAUGAGAUUCUCAAACUCAAGGAGGUGCCAGCGAGGCUGCAUAAAAAUCUUUAAUUUUAUCUACCUACUAACGUUUGUCAAUUCCUCAGCCAAAUCAAAAAAGUGGCAUGUGCAGUAGAUUUCGUCUGAAUAUCGAAAGCUAAAUCCACUGAUGCUUUAUUUCUGUGUAAUUUAUUUUUCCACUUAGACCAGACACUGAUUGUCAAACAGCACACAAGUUGGGGAAUUGCUGUUCAUACUCAGCCUGAAGAAUACAAGAAAGUGAAAGAUGCUUUUUACUAAAAUAUUUGCAUGAUGACUUAAACUUCUUUCAAGUGUGACUGAUUGCAUAAUGUAUCUUCUGGACAAUUUUUAAUCAUCUUAUUCUGCCUACUGUACCCUAGCCAUCCUCACAUUAUUUAUGACAUAUUUGCACUGACAGAUGUCAUUAUCAAAUCAUGUCUGGAGACUGAAAGCAUCAUGGAACAGCAUUUCUAAAUAUAUCUGUAAAUUUUUUCUUUAA